AUGCAGAAGGACAAUGCUAAACUCAGAGAGAUAAUGGAGGAAAUUCAACGUUCAGGUGAGGGAUCAAAUGAAACGCCGUGUACCAACAGUAAGCAGCAUCCUUUUGGGAAAAGUCCUUCCAAGGACUACAAGGAGCGCAUACGCAUAAUUACCUUUCAAACUGGCAACCAGGACACCUCUCGAAGGCAAGGUCAUCAGUCCACAGAGCCUGGUUCUAUUGAAGGUGAGGGAUCAAAUGAAACGCCGUGUACCAACAGUAAGCAGCAUCCUUUUGGGAAAAGUCCUUCCAAGGACUACAAGGAGCACAUAAUUCCCUUUCAAACUGGCAACCAGGACACCUCUCGAAGGCAAGGUCAUCAGUCCACAGAGCCUGAUUCUAUUGAAGGUACUCGAGACGCAGAAAUUCUCCACAGGGAGUUUCUACGAAACUGGAGUAAGAAUCUGAGAGUUGUGCAAGCAGGAGGCGAGCAAACGGCUGGGACACGCUUGUUUGAUGACUUCUACACUGACCUGAGGAUUACUGGCGCAUCACCAGAGGGAAUGCCCCUUGGAAAUGACGGGGAAACCGAUGAAGAUGUGGAUCCACAUCAACUACUGAAACGCAACAACGCUGAGACAGAGGAGACCUCCACCAUCUUGGUGCGGGGAACAGCCGGGAGUGGAAAAAGCACCCUGAUACAGAAGAUAAUCCAUGAUUGGGCCACCGAAUAUAAAUAUAAGGGGUUCAAAUAUAUAUUUUCUUUCAAGUUUCAGAUCAUAAACGCCAUCAAACAUGUGACAAGCUUAAACACCCUGGUCCUUGAAGUGUAUCCUCAUCUGGUCACGUGUCUGGAAGAUAUUUGGAAGGACCCUAAAACGAUAUUGUUCAUCCUUGAUGACUUGGACCAAUUUGAGCAAAGUUACAUCUUCACAGAUGAUGAGGGAAAUGGUGGUCCACUCGGCCAGUUUAUCUAUCCUCAUUCCUAUGGAUUUGUGCGUGACAUCCUGACCUCCCUCAUUCAGGGUAGGUUGGUCAAAGGAUGCUCCUUGCUGGUCACCACACGACCAUGGAGACUCGAGGCUCUGCAGGAGAUACCUGCCACGUCAACCUACCAUCUCACAGGAUUUACCCAGGAGAAAGUUGAAGAAUAUUUCCAGCGUAACGUUGGAGACAAGGAGAAGGCACAACAGUUGGUGCAACUCCUUAAAGCAAGUGAUACAUUGGGUACGUUGUACACUAACCCUCUGUUCUGCUCCAUUAUCGUCUCCUUGCCCGAGUGGUCACAAGUUGAAGGAAAUCCAAUGUUGACCAUGGGCCACACUCGGGUGCUCUCCGAAUACCUUACAACCAUCAUGUGCAUCUGUGGAUUUGACGAACAAACCUCUCGGCAGUGUUUGCUGAGUUUGGGUGAAGUGGCGUACAAGAAAAUCAGGGAUAAAACCUUUUCAUUUGAAGCCAACUCCUUAAGUGAACUGAGUCGCUGUCUUCCCAUCUUCACAUCUGCACUCAUGAUGGAGGAGCCAGGCAAACAUGAGCGUGGGGUUGUCUACAAAUUCACGUACCCUGUUCUCCAGAACUUUGUUGCUGCCCUUGUUAAAAGCCGAAACACCCCAGGAAUGUCCCUAAAAUCGUUGUUAAAUGAGAAUUACCAGGCUACAGAUGACAGAUUCAACAUCUUCUCCAGGUUUCUGGUGGGUCUCUCCUCACGGAGGUCAACCAAUUGGCUGGAGAGAGUAUUGGGCUCAAUUUCACCCGACGCCUCAUCUUCCAUCGCCGACUGGAUCAAAGAAAGUGUGAAAACGCGCCUGUCCAACUUGGCCGGAAAGAUGGCCCAGGGCAAGUUCUUGAACAUACUGCACUGCUUGUUUGAAUUCGGAGACCCUCAAGUGGCCACCCAGGCAUUGGAACCCAUGAGGACCAUAAAAUUCAAUCAAUGUUCCCUCAACACGUUCGACUGUGUGGUUUUAUCGAGGACAUUGAUCCGCUGUGGACCCAUUGAGGAACUGGACCUCAGCUCAUGCGGCGUAAAACAGGAGGGAAUUCGAUAUCUACUACCCGUGUUGUACAAGUGUAACGUGCUCAGGUAA